AUGGUGAUCGACGCGACGCGUCGCGCGCCAGACCGGAUUGUCUUCGAGCUAACCGAGUACACCCAAGAUUCGCACUUUACCAGGCUGUUCGGGGAGCAGGGUUCGCUCUCGCAGCGCCUGACGAGGACCCUGCUGCCCGUGCUGCGGCGCAUGCGGCAAGUUGGUGUGAAGCUGAUCGCGGACGACUUGCUGCCCUUCAGCGUGUACUGCUUCGACGGAGAGGCCUCGCGCCGGAAGGGCCACCGCCUCAUAGACCACCACGCGACCGAGUGCAGCACGAUGCUAUCUCCAGAGUGGUCCGCAGUGUUCCAUGGCGUGAAGAUCAGCCUCGAUUGGGUGGUCCACGCGAUGCCCCUCGGAAAGCAGAUUGACGCCGCGUUCGCGUCCGUGCCCUUGUACGCCAAGAGCGUGAAGGACAACCCGGGCCACGUGGCGGCCGUGACAGGGAAGACGGUCCCAGAGGAAGACGUGGAGAAGGUCUCCGCCCUCCGCGAGCUCCAGGAGGCCGCGAGGGUGGAGCUGCGGGCCGCCCUGCGGGAGGUGCGGCGGCACAGGUUCGACGUCCCGCCGGUCCUCGAGGCAACGCUGCCGCCCGCGAUGGUCGCCGAGUGGGGCCUGGAGGGCUUCGCGAAGGAGCAGGGCGGCAUGCUCUUCGAGGCGCGGCUGCCGCCCGCGUGGUUCUUCGGCCAGGUCCUGCCCCAGCCGGACGUGCAGCGCCCCAAGGCCUCUUCCCCCAAGAAGGGCCUCCCGACCCCGCACGCCGCGCGGGGGCUUCUGUGA